CAGACAUUUCAUUCAUGAUCAGUCUCUGUUGUCAGUCGUAUGAUUCGGUCGCACACAACCGACACUAUGCGUAAUCGUACCAAUGUAAAUUAUUGUGCGUUACUUCGUUUUUAGAAAUGUGUUUCAUUUUGUGACGGUUAAACAAAAUUUCAAAAUAAAAACAAUUUUUUGUUGCUCUUUAAUUUCGGAAAGGAUGGAUUACAGCAAAUGAAACGAUUUGCUGAUCAUUUCAAGUGAAAAAUAAUUGUUCCGAUAAAACCGAAAUUAUUUCUAUCACUCAAAACAUUUUAUUGGAGUAUCACGGGCACACAACUAUAACUAAAAAUAAGCCAAUUUAAAUUUGAAGUGAUUUAAUUUACAUUUAUCUGAUUAAAUAAAAUAGCGGCAUGUGCUUGGCUCGUUUGUUGUUGCAUAUUUUUGUGUUAAAAAAGUGAUGAAAGAAUCAAAAAAAAAUAUUUCGAAAAAAUUCUUAUCAAUUAAUUGCACAUAGAGCAAAAUACUGUCUGCUGGUUAGUUAAUUACUAAGAACAAAGAUGUGUGUGGUCAUAUAGUGCAUUUUUGAAACGUUCUUAUUGUGGUUUGAUGUUAAACAACAUUUUAAUAACAAGAUUUUAUUGUCGUGUGGAAUCAUACUGAAAGUUAAUAGAACAAUUGAAUCUACACUGUUCCGGAACGUUUUUAUUGUCUAUAAAUAUCUAUUCAUCGAAAUUCAUUGAUUGGGGUUGUUCCUGCCGUUAUGCAAGUACGAGAAAACCUUUCAAUGGAAACGGAAACAAACACUUCAUUCGGAAAUCGUCGUGGUUUCUUCAUUACCCGAACCUCACUGGUCUUACUGUCAGCAUUUUUCGUGUGCAGCGUCAUAGCCGCUGGCUUUCUCAUUUACAAUUUCGUUACAUGCCCUCAAAUUCCUAUCGAAUCGACAGUGUGCGAACAUCAUCAUGUUGUUCCACUGCUAACGCAUUCCAAGAAUGCGUCAAAAACAAUUUAUUCAAAGGAUCAACCGCAUACAACAAGCACCACCAAAGAAGAAGUUCCCUACCUGAGACUACCAAGAUCGGUGGUGCCGACUGCCUAUGACAUAAAAUUGAUUCCGUUUAUUUGGCCCGAUAAUUUCACAUUUCUGGGCGAUGUUCGAAUUUUAGUCAAUAUUCUGGAGCCAACGAAUAACAUCACAUUGCAUGCCGAAACAUCGAUCAAAAUAAAAUCUGAAGAUGUUGGAGUAAGACUUGUUCACAACGGUAAUGUGACGGACAGUAAAGAUGAAAUCAUUGCCAAGCAAUACUUUGAAGCGACAAAACAGUUUUAUGUAAUGGAAUUUCAAAAGAAAUUGCAACCAGGCGAAAUUUACGAGGUUCGAAUAAAAUAUGUCGGAGUGUUGGAUGCGUACAUGCAAGGAUUUUACAGGAGCUCAUAUGUCGAGGGGAAUGAAACAAGGUGGUUGGCAGCAACCCAAUUUCAACCAACUGAUGCUCGGAGAACAUUUCCUUGUUUCGAUGAACCCGCCCUUAAAGCGAAAUUCAAUUUGAGUUUGGCGCGACCCAGAAAUAUGUCGUCGUUAUCCAAUAUGCCAAGAUUGAAGCAGGUAGAUCAUGUUGACGGAUUACCCGACUAUGUGUGGGACAUAUACCAAGAAUCGGUUCCGAUGUCAACGUAUCUUCUUGCAUUUGUAGUGUCCGAUUUUGUAAAUAAAUCUUCUGGAAUCUUCAGCGUUUGGACGCGAAACGAAGCAACACGUUCGGCGGAAUAUGCGUUAGAUGUCGGUCCAAAGCUGCUGAAAUUCUUGGAGACAUUUUUCGGCAUAGACUAUCCGCUGCCGAAAGUUGAUAUGAUUGCUCUACCUGAUUUUACGGCAGGUGCAAUGGAAAAUUGGGGUCUGAUAACGUUUCGAGAAUCAGCAUUGCUGUACGAGGAGGGAAUAUCAGGCCGCAUCAACAAACAACGAGUGGCUACUAUUGUUUGCCACGAAUUAGCUCAUCAAUGGUUUGGCAAUCUUGUUACGCCCGAUUGGUGGGACCUGUUGUGGCUGAAUGAGGGCUUCGCUAGCUACAUGGAAUACGUUGGCGUUGAUGCAAUCGAACCGAAAUGGAAGUCAAUGGAUCAGUUUGUUGUUCACGAGCUGCAGGGAGUCUUUACGCUGGAUGCGCUAUCAACUUCACAUAAAAUAUGGGUGGAGGUUGGUAAUCCUGAGGAGAUCAAUGAGAUAUUUGACAGAAUAUCGUAUGGAAAAGGAGCUACCAUUAUUCGUAUGAUGGAUCAUUUUUUGACCACCGGAGUAUUUCGAACCGGUCUCACCAACUAUUUACGGAAAAAAUCAUAUCAGGCAGCCUCACAAGAUGAUUUAUGGUUUUUCUUCACCGAAGAAGCUCGUUACACGCACGUUUUCGACAAUACCAUGUCAGUCAAAGAAGUCAUGGACACUUGGACGUUGCAAACGGGUUUCCCGGUAGUGACCGUCACUCGGGAUUACAAUUCGUCGACAGUUCGUUUCCAUCAAAAGAAAUUUGAAUAUGCCGAUGAGGUUGGUAAAAAGAAACAUUCCGAAAAGCAUUCCGAAAGUCUGUGGUGGAUUCCAAUUACAUAUACCACGUCGAAUGUCUUAAAUUUUAAUGAAACUCGUCCAUCUAGUUGGAUUCGGAAAACGAAAGAAUUGGUAUUGCCAGACGUCGAGAUCAACAGUUUGGAUUGGAUAAUUGUUAAUGUGCAACAAACUGGCUACUAUCGGGUAAACUAUGACCUGAAGAACUGGAAUCUGAUAAUCGCAUACCUCAGGAAUAAAAGACAUUUCUCGAAAAUCGCACCUACCAAUCGGGCACAGUUGAUCGAUGAUGCAUUGAAUUUGGCACGCGCAAGUUACUUAAGUUAUCAAACGGCUCUGGACGUUACACAGUACUUAGUUCACGAACACGACUACGUUCCGUGGAAGGCUGCCAUUAAUUCGAUGAAUUUUAUUGAUUCAAUGAUGAUUAAGGGUGGCGACUAUCAUUUGUUGAAGAAAUAUUUCUUAAGUCUCAUCGAAAGCGUUUACAAAGAGGUUGGCUUCGACGAUCCAAGAGACGAUGACAUGCUGACCGGAUACAAACGAGUCGAUAUUUUAACGGCCGCCUGUCAUGUGGGUUAUCAGGACUGUGUGGACAGUAGCAGACGAAAUUAUCACCUCUGGAUGAUGGAAGCCAAUCCGGACAUCAAUAAUCCAAUAUCGCCGAACAUUCGAUCGGUCGUUUACUGUACAGCCAUCAAGCACGGCGAUCAAGUCGAAUGGGAAUUUGCGUGGGAACGUUUCCAAAAGACGUCAGUGUCCAGCGAAAAGGAAUUGCUGUUGACGGCAUUGGGAUGUACGAGAGAAACGUGGUUGCUGAAUCGGUACUUGAAAAUGUCGUUGGACGAUCGGUUCGGCAUCAGGAAACACGAUGUAUUUCGGGUGUUUGUUGCCGUGUCCGGCAAUGUUAUCGGCCAACCAAUAGCCUUUAAUUUCAUUCGAAGCCAUUGGAAACAGAUGAAAGAUUACUUAGGAUCGACUCUAUCUCAAUUGAACGCCAUCGUGAAAUACUGCACUCGACGAAUAAAUGAUCGAUACGAAUUGGACGAGUUUAAACGAUUCUCACAUCUUCAUAUCAAAGACGGCGGACGGUCGAUACAUCAAGCUAUUGAAACUGGCGAAGCGAAUAUCGCAUGGAUGGACAACAACUAUAAAACGAUUGUCGAAUGGCUCGGAAAUUUAACCUAUUCAAGUAGAUAAGAAGAAAGAAAAAAAAAACCGUAGCAUCAGCAUCAGCAACAACAGCACGGAAAGAAUGAGAAAUGGAAUAUUUAUUUGUAAUUUAAAUCGCUUGUAGAAUCUAAGUAAAUUUGUUGUAUUAAGUAAUGCUAAGGUUUCGAUGGACGUUGUCAGGGGAACUUAAAUCGAUUGUUAGUAAAUUUUUAGCGCACAGUGUAAUCUUAUAAAAUCUAACGGUUUCAGUGCUAUCAGUUCAGUUUGACAAGUUAACAAACAUUCUUAGGCAUAUUAUUGAAUUUUGCUAUUAUCAUCAGUAUCUAUGUAUUGUGUUAAUCGAAUAAAUGUUUCUACAAAAAA